AUGUCGUCGCAGACCAUGACUGCGCCAGCCGUGGGCCAUCGACCGCCUGAUCCAGGCCCUGAGAGUCCUAUAUAUGACUAUGGCUCCCACAACGACGCCUCGCCGUCCCAGCCUGGGAGCGACUCCGCCAUGCGCGACAUGCAGAAUAAUUCUGCCCCGUCGACUCCUCCCCAGGGCCUAUCCGCCACGAACUCGAUCGGAAUUAAGACUGAACCGACUGAAGACCAGAGCCUAUCGGCCCCGAGUAAUCAAAGAGAAUCCAACACGCAGUCCGCCGCCAGCGCGCUUCUAGCCCAGCUCCUCGGAAAUCAAUCUUCGCCGAACUCUGCUCCGGCUUCGACAGCACCACUCGCCGGCCUCCCGAAUGAGCGUCAGGAUGUUUCUGGAGAUGUGAAAAUGGAUGAGGCGUAUUCUCAAAUGCUUGACACUAUGGGCCCGGAUGUGACGACUGCCGAUCCGAAUUUACAACAGCCUUCGACCGUGGUAUCAGGAGGGAUGCAGGAUAUGUCGAAUGGAGACUCCUUUGGCGAUUCACUUGCCGGGCUCGGUGCCGCUCACCAAGGAGACAGCGCAGGACCUAAAACAUCAGAUGCAAUGGAAGGCCUCUCCGACCCACUCAACUCAAAGUCGAACCCGGAACAGCCCUCACUCCUGCCGCCCUUCGAUUUCGCCGCCGCCCCGAAAAAUGCGUUCGAGGCCCUUCAGCAGAACGAGCUGCUCACCGCCGCUUAUCUCUCACAGGGCGCCGAUCUGUCGGCCCUGGGAUAUCAGGAUGGCGCGGCAUCGGUUGCGGGCUCAGAACCUCGAAUCCAGGCGUUUGCCAAAUUAGAGUUUGAUGAUGGGCAUUUCUAUGUCAAUACCUACUCGUUCAUUCUUGGGCGAGAUGUUCGGGCCGCGCGCGCUGCCCAUCAGCGAGAGAUUCAAUACCGGCAGGCCGUGCGGAGCUCUCGAGCAAAGAGUUCCAGUGGAGGCAACACCUCGCACACGCCGAACCGGGUUAAACAGGAAGAAAGCGCUGCUAUGAUGGGAAGCGUUGUCAGUGAUCGAGGAGGUAUCAUGGGUUUCGACCCAGAUGUUCCUCCGCAUCUUCCGGCCAACAUCGAUCUCAGUCGGCGGUCCUCAAAAUCUUCAUAUGACGACUCUGUAGUGCCCUUGCACGCAACUCCUGCUCAAUUACAGUCGACCACAGACUACAAUGCGCUUGCCAUGCAGUCUCUUCAAGAAGGCAAUGGUGACGCGAAGCCUGUGGAUACGCUCGCUUUGCUUCCAUCUCCUGACUCCUGUCCUACGAUCCCUAUCCACCCCCCGACGACAGUCGACGGCAGCGCUGCUGGUCAUCGAGGCAUUUCCCGCAGGCACGUCCGCAUUGCCUACAAUUUUGACCGCAAUUUGUUCGAGAUGGAAGUGAUGGGCCGCAAUGGAGCGUUCAUCGGGGCUGACUGGCUCUCUCCGGGCCAACUUCGCCCGCUACACAGCGGGGAUUAUAUCCAGAUAGGUGGCGUGCGCAUCAGAUUUUUGCUACCUGAUGUCCCUAUUGGUGAGACAGGAGCCGAUCGGAUGGAAGCGCAGCUGGCAGAAGAAGAGGACGCCGCUUCGAUUGAUGCCGAACACGAACUCGAUGAGCCUGACAAGGUUGUCAGCGACAGCGCCGAGCCCAAGGAUUCUUCCAAGGUUGACCUAACAAGCAAAGAGACCGACGAAGUACCGUCCAUCGAAGCUGGAGAACAGCCGGCUCGCCGUCGCGGACCUGGUCGCCCUCCCAAGGAUGGGAUUAUGUCCAAGCGCGAGCGAGCAGAACUCGCCCGGGAACAGAAGAUGGCUGCCAAGCGAGAGGCUAAUGGAGGUGUCACCCCGCCGCCGAACCGGGGCAAGGCAGGGAAGACGACCACCAAGGAAUCCGUUGGCGCUGAGUCGCCCACGCCAAAGCCAUCUGAAAAACGCAAGUACACCAAGCGGAAGAAGCCCGAUGGCACAUCGGUGGAUGUUCCUAUUCCUUCGACGGAAGGCGGCCAGCUUCCUGCAGAGCAACGGCCCGAGGAAUCCAUCAAGCCUCCGCCGGUCAAGAAACGCAAGCCGUCACGAUCACCAUCUCCCAACUAUCCCCCGGAGUCCGCUUAUUCGCAAGAGGAUCUGGCCAAACCUCCUUACAACUACGCUGUGCUCAUCUUCGACGCCCUAACAGAUGCGGGUACCCCGAUGACGCUCAAGCAGAUCUACCGCGCGCUGAAGCUCAAGUAUCCUUACUUCCGUUUCAAGUGCGAGACCGAGGGUUGGACAUCCAGUGUGCGGCAUAACCUUAAUGGCAACAGCCAUCUAUUCAUGCAUGCCGAGCGAGAUGGAAAGGGAUGGUCAUGGCAACUUCGGCCAGGCGCAUCGGUCGAGAAGGAAAAGAAGAGGCGCCCGUCGCCUCCUCCGGCGCCGCCCCAGGUGUCGCAGCCUCCGCCCAAUGUUCCUCAGCAAUAUAUGCCUCCCAUGUCCCACUCGUACGCACCCCCGCCGGUGGCACCAGCCCCAGCGCCCAACCAGCACCAGCACCAGCACUUCCAGUUCCCUUCGAUCCCACCGGCCCCCUUUCCAACACCUGCUGCUCCACAACACUCCAGUCCUUAUCCACCUCCUUCAACGGCACCUGCUCCCGCACCGACGGUGGCUCCGGCCCCCCCUGCGGCCCCGACCCAGGCUCCGGCUACGACUCCAACUCCCAAUCCGGCCUCGAGUGCGACUCCGGCUGCAGCUCCCAAGCCCACCCCUGCUCCUGCCUCCUUUCCCAUCCCGAGUACCAUCCGCAACAGUCUCCCAGCUGCUUUCGCGCAGACCAUUCCCUCAACAUACACCUCUCCCUACGCCUCCGAUACUCCCGCGCAAGGUGCUCAGGCCCGACCAUCACAGACCCCAAGGCCUCCCCAGGGACCGCCGCAGCAUCAGUCACCAUAUCCACCUCAAAAGCCCAUUUCGUCUCACCCACCACACAUCAACCCGCAACCUCAAGCCUUCCCUCCUCCCGCCGGACCCCCAUUCCAACCCAAGCACCAGCCACCCGCGCAGCCCCGGGCGCAGCCGCCUUCUCACCCGCCUCCACAACGGGCCCCACCGUCUCAUCAUCCGCCACCGCAACAACACCCUCUCCCCGGAGGGCCUCCAACUCAUCAACAACCCCAACCGCCUCCCGCUCAGCCAAAUUCGGCACCAUCUGGACCCUCAGAGUCAUCCUCGUUUACUGAACGAGCGAACAAGGCCAUCGAUGACUUUGAGGCUGUUCUGAUGGAGGACUACGAGGACAAGAACUACAUCCGAGAGGUGCUCCGAAGUGCGCGCGCUCGUGUUUUGGGGGCUGCCACGGAAAGUUCAUUCCCUGGCGGCGAGCCUAAAGAUGAGGCCGUCAUCAUGGACGUUCUUGGCAAUCUGGUUGGAAGCCUGAAAGAUGAAUAG